AUGGUUAACAAUAUGAGAUAUUUGGCAGAGAAAACAAAACGAUGGAAGCCGGAAGAACAGUAUAUGGCGAAAAGAUUACGCUAUGGGGAAAAACAAAAUCAUAACUUCUUUUUUCAAAGAAAGAAUGAAGAACAAGUUUAUGGAAACAAUGAGAUUAAACGGCAAAAAGCUUCAACAAGCGAACCGGUUAAUGAAGCGAAUAUUGAACCGGUUAAUGAAGCGAAUAAUGAACCGGUUAAUGAAGCGAAUAAUGAACCGGUUAAUGAAGCGAAUAAUGAACCAAAUAAUGAACCGGUUAAUGAAGCGAAUCAAAACAUUCCUCAAAAUCCGAUUAACAUUAAUGAAGUGGAUGUUAGUAGUCUAGAAAGAGAUCCCGCUAAGCGACUUGAAAUGUGGAAAUAUCCGGUUAAUAUAAGGGAGCAAGUAAGACUAGCUUAUAUGUCAUUAGGAGUGUAUCAAAUAAAGCUUGAAUGGUAUAAGCCGAGAGGUCCAAAGAACAAUCUUCGUAGAUUUAGAUAUGCUUGGUUUGACAUGUUCCCUAAUAUUUAAGACUCGACUUCGCAAUAAGAUGUCAGAUCAGAAUCUAGCAAACAGUAUGGUGAUUUACAUAGAAAAGGAGAUUGCUGAGAGCUUUGAUUCGGAGUCCAUAAUUGACGAAUUCAAAAAUCUUAAAGGAAGACGAGCAGAACUAUAAUUCUUCAUCCAGGAGAACCGGCCACCGGGUACCCACCUUCCUCUUCUUUUUAAUGUUUUCGUGUCUUUGUUCAAUUGUUUGUUAAACAAUGUUUACGUUUUAAUGUUUGAGAACGUAUUUUAUUUGAUAUUAAUAUUUGACCCGAUCCGACCC